GACUGCAGGACAGACGCUUCGGAGCGCUUAGAAGGGAAGCAGAAACACAUCAGACGCUUGAGGAGGAAUUAAAAGAGGAUCUGACAAAACCCAAACCCUGUGUGUUCCCUCUGAAUGGAUGAAUGUGCAGCGGUUUGUGCAGCUGAAGGAAUUAACAAGCAAAACUAGCUGAAGACUCAGUGAACUUCACGCCGAUCGCUAACAAGAAGAUCAAAACACAAACAUCCUGCCAAACACAAUGAGCACCAUCUGGCCGACUGACCGCUUCACCAACCACACCUUCAGCAACCGCUCGUGUCCUCUGGAGGAGGAGAACCUGCGGCUCCCGCUGGCCGUGCUCUACUCGCUCAUCUUUCUGUUCGGUCUGGCAGGAAACCUGCUGGCUCUGUGGGUCUUCCUCUUCCUGCACUCGCGAAACUCCGUGCGCGUCUUCCUGAUCAACGUGGCGCUGGCGGACCUGGUGCUGCUGGCGUGUCUUCCCUUCCGUGUGCUGUACCACGCUCAGGGGAACGUGUGGUCUCUGGGGCCACGCAUGUGUAAGGCGGUGGGCAACCUGUUCUACAUGAACAUGUACGUCAGCAUCACCCUGAUGGGUCUGAUCAGUCUGGACCGCUACCUGAAGAUCACCGGCCUGCGGGGCUCUCAGAAGGGCUGCGGGCUGCGCUGGCUCAGGGGCAGUCGCUGGAGUCUGGUGACCUGUGUCCUGCUGUGGAGCGGCUCUCUGGUGAUGGUGGUGCCGAUGAUCGCGCUGGCCGAGGGAAACGAGGAGCCGGGGAAGUGUUUCCAGUACAAGCAGAGAAAGCACGCCAGAGGCAAAGCCUACUUCAAUCUGUUCUUGGUGGCGGUGUUCUGGCUGGUGUUUGUGGUGCUGCUGGUUUCAUACGGACGGAUCGCACGCCGACUGCUGCGAGCCUCGCAGGACAAACCGGACCUGCCCAACGCCACACGCUACGCCCGCACCGCCAAGAAGUCCUUCGUGGUGCUGCUCCUCUUCACCAUCUGCUUCGUGCCGUAUCACGCCUUCAGGGGCUUCUACGUUGCGUCGCAGCUCCGAGACGUCAGCUGUGAGACGCGGCGGCUCAUGGAUCUCACCAACGAGGUCAUGCUUCUGUUCUCGGCCCUCAACAGCUGCCUGGACCCGGUCAUGUACUUCAUGCUCUCGGGCUCGGUGCGCAAGGCCACUGCUCAGGCCUUAUCACAGUUCCUACACUUGCACCAGGAGCCCGUGAUGACCAACAGCUCCACCACAGAGUUUCGGAGGACGUCUGUGUCCCACGCCUCCACCGCCGCAGUGCUGGCCACGUCCAGAGGCAGCCUGGGACUCAUUACGGCAACCCUCCGCUCUAAACCCGGCUUCAGCGGUGACGGAGAGUCCUGUCCGCAGUUCACAGCUCUGUCAAACUGAUCGAGCAGCACCGUGAGACCAAAGAGUUUCACCCACAUACGUGACUGAGAAAUGACUCACCGGUGUGAAACAAUGACUAGCUCGAAAAGUCUGCAUGGGAAAGUUCUUGAGACAUCACUUCGGACAGCAUGUGAGGGAUUUCUGGCUGGAUUAACACACAUCAGCACCGAGAUUUGAGAUCGGACACACGUAACGGUCAUUGAAUCCUCAAACUCUUUUCAAGUUCAACAGAUCAUUUCAACAGAUGAACACUGACUGGAUGAAGGACGCCCCCUGCUGGAGGACAAGAGUUACUGCACCUCCUCUGACACCUUUCAUCAUUUCACAGUGGACUGUUACCUUCAUAAACCGAGCUGUGCAAAGAGAACCGGUGCGACUCCUCGUGUAAACCAGCGAUAGUUUGAUCUCACAGCAUGUUCAUCUGUAAAGACAGCAGCUGCUGAGUCUGUGAUCUCAUGAACUUCAGACACAACCGUUCAGUGUCCAGCCGAAGCGCCGAUCUGACAAUAAUCCCACUUUAAUCACAGACGGACGUCACAUUAGACGGGGAUCCGUGCAGCUUAUGUCACCGGCUCCAACGCUUUCUGACCAACAUUUGUGACCACGAGCUUUUGAAGAUCUGACUUUUCGGUUUCUAAAUUCAUGUAGCUCAGACUGUACAGUAAUGAGCAACCAGUGAACACACGAAUGAAAGCGUCUGCCGAAUGAAUAAAAGCUAAUGUCCUUUUUGAAGUAUAUUAAACAGGGGAAUAAAGCAUUAUUUAGAGCGUU